CAUCUUGACAUACAAGCAAGGACAAAGACAAGAGUGCAGAGCAGGACUUUUGGAGUGGAGAGAAAGAGUCUGAGAAGUCUUGAGAAGAAAACACAUCAAAGGCAAAGAAUUAAGAAGAGACAGAGAAGUGAGAAGAAACUUGACGAUGUCUUCAUUUGAGGCCCAGAGUCAGUCUCCUCCUCGAUGUGGCCCACAGUUUCCGAGCCUCGGCCAGGAGCCCCCUGAACUCAGCAUGUACGGCGACUGUUACUAUCCUCCUCCUUCACUGCCAAGUCCUCAGCGCACUACUCCUACCACCUAUGAGAUAAGUGACUACACCAGCUCCUCUUCAAACCCUUACCUAUGGUUUAACAGCUCUGGGAUCAACACAUCGCCGUACCUGGCUACCACCGGCCCGCCAGGUAAUCCCGGCCCUCCGUUUGUUCCUCAGCACUAUGGCAUGCAGAGGCCUUACCUGGGUCCACCUGGUGCUGGCGGUCCAGGAGGGGAACUGAGCUGGUUCUCCCUCCCUUCACAAGAAGACUUGAUGAAGCUGGUUCGCCCCCCUUACUCCUACUCUGCUCUCAUCGCCAUGGCUAUCCAUGGAGCACCAGACAAGAGACUGACGCUGAGUCAAAUUUAUCAGUACGUCGCUGAUAAUUUCCCUUUCUACAACAAGAGCAAAGCGGGCUGGCAGAACUCUAUCAGACACAACCUGUCCCUUAAUGACUGCUUCAAAAAAGUGCCAAGAGAUGAGGAUGACCCAGGUAAGGGCAACUACUGGACACUUGACCCAAACUGUGAAAAGAUGUUCGACAAUGGAAACUUCCGUCGCAAAAGAAAGAGAAAGUCUGAUUCUCUGUCCAGUGGAGAUGGCAGUUCAGGGCCUCCAGAAUCAGGUGACAGCGAGAGGGCCAGCCCUAAACACUCCAGCAACCCCGGCCUAAACAUGUCGCCCGCAGCGGACAGGAUUCCCUCACCUUCACUGUCAGGUCCCGGGCCGUGCCUGAGCAGCUUCUUAUCUGAAAUGUCUGGAGUCUCCACUGGGGGAACAAAUGAGGUGGGAGGUAGUGGGUUGAGCAGGCCGCUGCAGAUGAACGUUCCUAUAGAUGGGCCACAUAGACCCACGCAGCCAGGAAGCUUUAGUACCUACUCGGCCAACUCCAGUGGUUCAGAGUGGGUACCACAAGUUCCAGCUCCACCUGCACUCUCCUCUUCACCCAGCCACUCCUCGCUAGGUUACACUAGCCCCAUUCUCAAUCAGUACAAUGGCUCCAACAGUCAUUUUUAUCCUACACUGAGUUCUACAGGUGUCAUCUAUCAUCGUGAGGGCACAGAGGUUUAGUAAGACAUUGAUGGGGGAGAAGGUGUUUGAAGAGACUCUUGAUGGGAAAUCCGUCUGGUUAUUUUUUUCUAAGAGAGGGUCCGUUGUAGAAAAUACACAAACACAAAGUGUGUUUGCGCUGACUGAGACAGUUGAGAUCACCAAAGCGUGCGAAAGCUUCGUAAAAAGUCUUUAAUUCCCACAGGAACAGCUUAGUCAGCUGCAGCGGACUACAGUUGUCACUCCCUGAAACCGCUCCUAGAUCUGACGUGCUGACAUCAGGCUAUUCCACUGCUAUCUAUGAUUCUCCGAUGGUAUCACCAUUACAAUGCUCAGCAUAUUUAGAGUAGGUAAAUUAUUCUGUUGUCUACAAAGCAUGUGUAGUUAUUGCUGUAAAGUAAAAAACAAGUAAAAAUGAGAAUGUAUGCCAUGUUUUUUUUUUUAUAGUGCUAAAACAAAAGCAUCUCAUUGACCUACAGUCUUAACAGUAAUUGCAGUUUGUAAAUAUGUUUAUGUGUUGUGUAAUUUUAUACAUGUGAGCUGUUGGUUUGUCAGUACAACUUUUAUUGUGUAAAAUGGAUUUGCAAUGUAUGGUGUGUACUAUAUUUGUUGCAUUUUGAUAUGAAUAAAAGGUUUGAGUUACA